AUGGUUGAUUUAAUCUGUAUUUCAGAGUUGAGGUCUAACAAGGGUGGAGCUGGAGCUGUAGAGAGUCCCGAACAAACCAAGAAAUCAGGAAACCUCUCCGGAGACGAGGACUCCGAUGUGAACUACGACGAGGUCGUGUCACCAGAGGAACAGAUCGAGUCUCAUCCGGCCAGCUCUGAUGAAGAACAGUUUCAUGACGUCACAGAGUUCAAUGAUGACGUAACAGGGCAUGUUAAGCGGGACUCCAGUAACGACACGUCCAUAGCUAAUGGUGACGACAAUUCUAACGGAGCAGAGGCAGACGACGAGGAAACAUCUCGUGAUGUUCCAGAUCACGUGUACAUGGAUGAGAAUUCUAACCCUGACGAGAAGAAUCCAGAAGAUGCGAUGAGUCCCGGAGAGGAUGAUGAGGAAGAAGAGUUUAAUAAUCCUGUCAGUCCUGCGGUAUCUGGCGAGGGAGAUGUGACAAGUGACAGAAAUGAACACCAACAAUCUAGAGAAGAAUAUAUGGAGUCUGCAAAGCACGAUGCUAUCAGUGAAGAUGAAGAUAUGGAACCCGAAGAAGAAACUUGUAAGAUUGAGAGUGAGGAGGCUGAGGGUGGUGUGUUUGCUCAGCAUCAUGAGCCUAUAUCUGAUUAUGAGAAAGAGGAAGCGAAACUAACCGGAAAAAACGAGCAGCUUCUAGAGAAGAAGGAGACGAUUUCUGAAGAUGAGCGGGAACAUGAUGAUGAGACACUUGACACUCAAGCUGAAGAAACAGAACUGGAGAGUAGGAAUGAGGAAGAGAAACCAGAAGAAGAUGAGGACGAUCUGGAUAUUUCCAGACAAGAAUACCUACCUGACGAGACUAUCAGGUCUCCGGAAGGAGAGGUGAACGAGACGAUGACAUCUUACUCACCUCGUCCUGACUACAACCCUGAGAACUUUGAACCCUGCACCCCACCAGAAAGGGAACCAGAGGAGAGAACAGAGGAAACUCCUCCUCCUGAAGAUACAGUUUCUUCAGAGCCCAACUGA